UGAAUGAAUGUCAAUGACCGACCGUAAUUUCAGAAUUCUAGCAGAUUAAAGUCGGUUGAUUUUGUUUAAUGCGUUGGAUUUCUGCUACAAAAACUCUUAUCGUUCUAACUUCUGCCAGACGAGGAGGUAAAGCAUUUGCCACAACCAAUAUCAACAUGGGAGACAAGAUUCCAACGCCAUAUGAAUCAGGAAGCAAUUCCGUGGUCUUUGUCACCACACCGACCAAGGAUGCCGCACGAAAACUGGCCCGGUGCAUUACCGAACACAAGCUGGCCGCUUGUGUGAACAUCAUACCUCAGAUCGAGUCCAUUUAUGUGUGGGAAGGCAAAGUCAAUGAGGACAGCGAGUAUCUAAUGAUGAUCAAGACCCGCACAGAGCGUAUUGAUGAGCUGAGCAAAUACGUUUCCGAGAAUCAUCCAUACAGCGUUGCUGAAGUUAUCUCUUUACCAAUUGAAAAUGGAAAUUUGCCCUAUUUAAAUUGGAUUCGUGAAACGGUGCCUGAGAAGCCAGUGCCCAAGUAAAUGUGAUUCGAUUGCUGUGUAUAAUAAAAUAAUUAAACUUUAUACUGUAUUCAAA